AUGGACUCCUCGCGAACACGGGGAGCAUCUUUCAUGGCUCCGCGCCGCGUCUUUACGGCACCAGUCCACCAGCCUGCGGUAGCGCCCCCGCGGCCAUCUUCCUCCUCCGCUUCGCAACCCACCAGCGGUCUCGUCGAUACUCUUUACGACCAUCCUAAUGUGAAAAUCGUUUCCUUCUCGGCAGGAUCCCAGUUCCUUGCCAUUGGCUCCAAAGGCACGGGUCCCGACAUUGAGCCUGGCUCGCUAUCUUGGUCCUCACAGUUAGAGCGGACCAUUGCAGUCGGACCUUUCCGCAUUUACCGCGCCCCUGGAUCAGUCGCAUUCCUGAGCUGCGGCUCUGCAUUACAACCCAUUUUGAAGAAGAGUCAGGUCUGGUGCGUGGACGAAGAAUCCAGCAAGUUCGUACUACAGAUACGACGCCCCCAGUAUUGGCGGAUUGAAGUACCAGUGAAGGAUCCCGAGGACCAGCGACGAGCCGAAGUGUUGCGAGAGGUCUUUGACCAGAUUCUGCAGUUUGAAAAGACUCCAUGUCCUUUCGCGAGGUCUUUCACCGUUGACCUUCCAGAAAGCGCUCCUGUCAAGUUGAAGCCAUGGACACCAGCGCGGAGAUCCAGUGCCUGCCUCCCUGUGCGACCAUCUACGCCAGUCGAGAUUGCGCAUAUUCAUCGGGGUCCACCACGAGGGUCGAUUUGCCUUGGCGACCUGUCAUUGAGUGAACAAGGCAAAUACUUGGAUUCGACACUGGGAGAAAACCCAAGAGAACACAAGGCAAAAUCCCAGGCUCAUGAGGGCUCGCCUGUAGGAGAGCCGAGCGGAAAUGCGUUGCGCCCAUCACCCCUUAAGAUUAAGAAGACUGAAGAAAAGGGGCCUGUCACCCCUCCACAGCUCACAGUGGUCACGCCGCCCCCUUCAAAUCCCAAAAAGACGAGGAUUCCACGAGAAGUAUCACCCAAGAGUGCCAGCUUUCAGUCACCAGAAAAUUCUCAGGAUUCCUUUCGCAGUCCGGAUUCAUGGGCUUCAAACUCUCUACCUUUGUCCCCACCCCUGUCCAGCCCAGGGUCCCCUCGAAGCUCUCUACCCUUCAGAACUAGCCUCCAGAACUCAUGCCUUGAUACCCCUACAACACCCGUUGCAGCACCUAGCAACAACCUUGCCACAGCCGCCAAGGCAUCACAGUCAUGGAGUAUCUCCACCUCCGAAUCCGGAAGGACGGAGAACAGCGAGGAAGCCACUCUAUCCUCCUUCAUCUCUGAAUUGGAAUGCUCCCCAAAGUCCAAGGCCCCAGCGCCAAGACAACAGUCUAUUCCUUCCAUUAUCCACUCGGUCCCAGAAGAAGCCAUCGAAGACGAGCCAGAGUACGAGUCCUUCCCCACAGCGUUCACCACACCAACUCCUACCAUUUCCAUCUCGCCAUCUCCUUCCUCGACGACGAUCACCACACCCACCCAACAGCAACGCCGUCCGGGUAUCCGCCGGGCUACUACUUCAUCUUCGCUAUCCCCCGACCGUAGGGCGUUGUCUCCUCUCCCCCCUGCAGCGGACCUCUUCACCCCACGCAGCACACUCACAUCUUCCCCACCUUCUAACCGCCAGAUGCGCAGUCUGCCGAUGAUGGUGGUGCAAAAGACGUGCGAGAUUCUGAUGUCACCUCCCUCUCACCUCAUCAGUCUGAUGCUGAAGAUUGCGGCGAGGAUCUUGGCAGGGGAGUGGAAGGGGUUGAUAUUUGGGUGGGGGGAGAAGGGGGAGAGGUUGGAAGUGGAGUGGGAUUGGAGUGAUGACGACAUCAGUCCUCAGCAGCAGCAGAGAAAGAAGACGACGGGGACAAGGGCGAGGGGGUGGUCGACGCUUACGGUUAAUAAUAGUAAUGGUAAUAAUGCGAAUGAGAGGGUGGAUGACUGGUGGUUGAAGAGGAAGAAGAGUAGGGAUCGGAUGGCGGGGACUUUCCCGGAGAGUGAUGAUGAUGAGGAGGAGGGGGUUGAUCCUCUCGAGGUUAAGAACAGGAGGGUGAAGGCGUUGAGUGGUGGGGAGGAUGAGGAUGCGAUGAGCUCGGGGGUGGAUUAG